AUGCCGCCCAAGAAGACCGAGCAAAAGAAAGAAGCAGUUAAAAUCUCUCCAGAACAAGAAGCGGCUAAAGAUCCAGACUUCGACCCACUCAGCAUCAAGAUUGAGUUCAGCGCUGCUCAGAUUGAAGAGUUUAAAGAAGCCUUCCAGCUGUUCGAGCAAAGUCCACAGAACCAGAUCUUCUUCUCUCAGUGUGGAGACGUGAUGAGAGCGCUCGGACAAAACCCAACCAAUGCUGAAGUCCUCCGAGUGCUGGGACGCCCCAAGGCUGAGGACAUGGGAAGUAAAAUGGUGGACUUUGAGACCUUCCUGCCGAUGCUGCAACAUGUGGCUCAGUCCAAAGACAAAGGAACCUACGAGGACUUUGUGGAAGGCCUCAGAGUUUUCGAUAAAGAAGGAAAUGGGAUGGUGAUGGGUGCAGAGCUGAGACAUGUUCUGGUCACUCUGGGAGAGAGGAUGACUGAAGGAGAAGUGGACAAGGUGUUGGCAGGACAGGAAGAUGCUAACGGAUGUAUUAACUAUGAAGCUUUUGUCAAGCACAUCAUGGCUGGCUGAAACAACAUGUUGGGCUCUGUGUUCAGGAAGAAGUUCCUGCUCGGUUUUCCACCUGUCGUCAGUCUUCCAUCUAAGAUUCCUGAUUUGGCAGUGAACACUUUCAGUAUUUCAAUUAAACAUUGAGACAUGUGUUUAA